AUGCGGUUUAUUUACCUUCUGUUGGCUCUACCAUCCUUGUGCCUUGCAGCACCAACUAGUGCUCAUGCUUCACCACGGGACUUGAACACGUUUGCAGGAAAUGAACAUCAGGGCUACGAAUCCAACGGAGAACACCAGGUUUCUGAGCGGGACGUUGACGACAUUGAAUGCGGGGGACACCAGGCCUAUAAGAGGGACUUUGACGGCUGCUAG